AUGGAUCAGGGAAGAUCGCACGCCACCUCGCUCAACACUUUCAUGCAUAGACUGCAGCGGGACAACCACACGACCGCUCUGCAUUUCGCCCAAUUCAGUCCGGAAAUUGACUUCGGGAUGGAAGAGCGAUUCAUUGAUAUGAAAGGGUUUCAGAAUCCGUUCGCGUCGCCGGACUUUGACAAAAUCGCAUUCGACGUUGAGUACAGUUUCAUUCAUCAGGUGGAAAAAGGGAAAUGACGAGUUGGAACGGAAGUGUUCAGGCGGUCGCGUACGGAUUCGGAUCGGAGACCUGCGAUAACAUUCUGAAACAUCGCAGGGAUCGGUUUUUCGGAAUUGUUGCCGAGGACUGGGACCUGUACUUUUCCGAUUCUCUUUUUGCCGUCUGCGGUUAUGGAAUGGCGCAAGUGAGCGGGAAGCCGCACGUGAUGGUGCACUCCACGGAUCUCGAGUCCGCGCAAGGAUCUUUCAAAGCCUUUUCAAGGUGGACAUGUCGAAACUACUCAAAAAUUUGACCGAAAUUGCAGAAAUUACGCGAUGUUCGUGCCGAGCAACCUGCCGUUCACAAUGCUCGACUUCACGGUUUCCAAGUAUUCUCACCGUCUCUGGGCGGCCUACGACUGGUUCGGAAGCUUCUUCUUCACCGCAUUCGUGGGAAACUUUGCUCAGAAAUGGGUGAGCUCGUCUCUUUGUGCUCUUUUUCAAAUCAUCUUUCAGGCUCUUCGGAGCAUUGUCGGUUUUCCGUACUUCUCCUUCGCCGAGUACAAUCGGAAGAGCUCAUUCUCGUUCACCGACAUGCCCGACUCGCUGUUUCCUCCGGCCUCUAGAACCAAUGACUUUUUCUCAUUCGGAGCAUACUGUAAAGAGACUUCGAAGCCUCUCGAUCCGGAAUUCAAAUCGUUCAUCGAAGAUUCCAAGUCGAAAGGGACCAUUUUGAUAGCAUUCGGCACGUUUAUUGACUGGCGAAAAGCACCCGAUCAUUAUUUCGAAACGUUUUCGGAGGUCAUGAACAAAUUGAGCGAUUACCGAAUAAUUUGGAGCAUGAAAGGAAAAAGACCGUCCGGAUUGGGGAAACACGUGAAGACGUCCGCGUGGGUGCCGCAGAAUCAGAUCCUGCAUCACAACAAAACAGUGCUCUUUCUGAGCCAUGGAGGUUUGAAAAGGCACGAUCUGUUGAGGAAUCAAAAUAAUCAGAAAAGAAACGUUUCAGCACGAAAGAAGCGAUUUGCUCGGCAACGCCCACAAUUUUUGUGCCUCUGUUCGCUGAGCAGACGCGGAAUUCGUGGCUAAUCAAAGAAAAAGGCUUCGGGCGAAUAGUGAGCAAGUUCAAUAUUCGGGUGGAAGAGCUCGGAACUCAUGUGCGCGAAGUGCUCGAGCAUCCGGAUUAUCAGAAGAAUGCCGACAAGUUUCUGACGCACUACAUGGAUCAGCCGAUCUCCACUCUCGAUGAGGCCGCUUUCAAAUUCAAUCGAUUGGUGAAGUACGGCGGGAAAAUGCCAGCGCAUUUUUAUCCGAAAGCACUCGAUCUCACAUACACAAAUUCACUCAAUUUGGAUGUUCUCAUUUUAAUACCGGUUUUGUGCAUUAUUUUGUUAACGAAUUGAUGAAUUUUUCGACUUUUAUUCAAAUUCUUUGUUUGCAUUUCUUGCAAAACAGCGAGAACUCUCGGCGGCUCCCACUCGUCUCGUCUCUCGUUUUCGUUCGCUCUACUGAGAAUGCUAAACUUGGCGCCAAAAAACGGGAUUUUGAACAAUUUGCAUGUUUGCGGCGCAUUCGUUUCCGUUAGCCCCUCCCGUUUUUCGCUUUUCCAACUUUCUCCUUGAAAAACACGUUAAUUUUUUUCAGAGUAUUGGGCGAAAGGAGUCAGCGUCUGGCGGAACGAGCAGAACUUCGAGAAUGAGUGCUAAUCGUAACGACGAUGACUUGUACGACUUUCUCCACUAUGUCCUCAAUAACUUCCAGUUAGUCUUUCCUUCUCUUUUGCGCAUUCCUACAACUUAUGCUUUUCAGAAUUGUUAUCGACUUCUUCAUUUCCUACGGUCAAAACGUGUCGCUUCGCGUUUUCAUCCAAUUCAUCGCUGGUCAAUCUCCGAUCCCUGAAGCAGCGUUGCGAGGUCUCCUGUUGCUGCCGUUCGACAACUGGCGAUGCCAGUCUGUGAACAAGAUCGUCGGAAGUCUGAUCCAUUUCAGUACUCAGCGGAUAUUCACCAACAUCGAACGUGUCGAUCUGCUGCGCUGGAAGAAAGAAGCUCUUUCAGGAAGGCCGCCCUACGACGUUCAGCUCCUCCUGAAUCACGCACGGAAAGUAUUGAAGUUUGAGUUCGAUAAAUUCCUAGACGGAAGACGAGAAAACAAUAACGAGUGGCCAGAAUUCGAUCAAAUAAUGGAUAUCCAUUCGAACGAAAGAGCUAGGAAAAUCUGUCCAAAGUAAUAAUGAUUUGUUGGAUUGGCACAUUCAAAUUAUCCGUUUUCAGAUCACAGAUGAAAUUUUUCGAUGAAACGGUGCGGCUGACACUUAACGAUUCCCCGCCAGUUCGACCGGACGAAUUUCCUUCUCAAAAGUCUGAAGUCAACGUGUCAUUCGAAGGACAGCCUCCUAGCCAACAAACAGCUUGGCAGAAUCCACGGCCACAAAAGAGCGCUCAAAGCACUACUCUCGACGUCAUUCCAUCUAUCCCGCAAAACAACUCUGUUUCGCUGUCGGGAACGGCUCGCCAUGGUGACCGAACAGACGGUUCUUAUUAUAAUGCGCACAGCGAGAGCUCACGAAGAGAAUCAACAGAGAAUCUCGGGAAGACGUCAGAGAAUUCUUUAGUCGAACUCGAAUCAUGUGGCCUGCGCGAAAUACAAGAUAGAUUCAUUCGGCGCGACAAAAAGAGGGGAACGGCUCCGGAUCAGAAGUACUGUAACGGAAUUUUUUUCGAAAUCUCGGCUUCAAUCACUUUGGCCUGUCUUGUUAAUAACAGCCUCUUCAUAUUUGUUUCCUUUUCAGUGAUCGUGUCCUUUCCGCGGGUUUCCGGCGGUUGAAUCUGCACGCUGUGCUCAACACGCCACCCAAACGAAGCGCUCCUCGAACAAAUGCACAUAUUGUUCAAAGGGGAAUGGAGAUCUUGGUGAACUGGUCGAAAACAUGUCAGGAGAGUCCUCUAUGGGAUAAGAGCUAUGAAAACGGCACUGAACCAACGGAAAAGAAGUGA